AGUAUUUGGCCUAAUGUUACCGUUCGUUGUUUAUAGAUUCAACCCCAUUUUUGUUAUUGCACUUGAUUGGGAAUGUAUAAAUGCAAUACAUCACCUAAGAAAACUUCCCUCCAUUUGAUAAAGAAACGCAAAAAAAAUAUACUGCACUGGUUGAAAGAAAGCUUUACAGUCAAACCGAUACAUUCGAAUCGCAAGUAAAUUUGUUCGCGAUUGUGAAAUAGACAUCCUUAGACUAUUCUGCUCAGAUUAUUUGACGUGGGAUUGUAUUUAUCUAAGAAAGUAUUGAAAACUAAAAGAACGCCAAUAAUGCGAAAUACAUUUCAAGCCGCUUUUAGGGGCUUAACGCGACAAUACAUUAUAAGGCAGUCGUGGCCCUGUGGUAGAGAGUUGAGGGCGCAACUGAUAAUCCCGCCGUCUUCUACAUCUAGCCCAUUUAAAUGCCGGAACUACUCAAAGUUUAGCAACCAUCUGUCCACGGAUCGGGCGAUGGAGCUGCUAUGCAACCUUGAUGAUGAGGAACGCAGCAACCUGCGUUCCGCUCUUGACAGGCUAGAUGCCGACAAGGAAAAAAAGUUGUACGAGAGUCAACUGGCUUUUGGCAGUUGGCGUACUCGCUUCGGACGACUUUCCAAUAAGACGGAAUUGGGCCAAGUUAUUGCGGGAACUUUUUGUGCAGUGCCCGAUGAUUGGCUGCGAAAAAAAUUGGUUGAGACGGCAGCAUCACCCACUGCAGGUCAAUUGUACAGCAUUUUCUUUGUAAAUGCAGUGCCGUUUGUCGCUUUCGGAUUUCUUGACAAUUUCAUAAUGAUAAUGGCGGGCGAAUAUAUUGAAUAUUAUUUGGGCCACUUUAUAACGCUGUCUACAAUGGCAGCCGCAGGACUAGGCAACACCAUAAGCGAUAUUCUGGGCAUCACUAUGGCUACCUACGUUGAGAAUGGGUGCCAGAUAUUGGGUCUAAAGCAGCCCAAUUUGACUCCAGCGCAAUUUGAAUUAAAGUCUAGCAAGCAGUCGUCAAGUUACGGUCGAAUUGUCGGGAUCACUGUGGGCUGUCUGCUUGGAAUGUGUCCUUUAUGGCUUAUGGAUGAAAAAGCAGAUAAGGUGAACGUAAAUGAUGAGAUCCACAAAAACUAGAAAGUUUUCGAGCUUGUCAAGAGAACGGAUAUCGCUAAUAAUUUAACAACUUUUCAUAUUUUAAAAGGAUAUCAUGAUUUUUUGUUGAACAUCUUGAAUAUGUAUUAAAUGUUUGUUAUGCAACUCAAUAGAAAAACGUA